AUGUUUGGGAUGUUCUGGAUCGACGUGUGUGGGAUGAUGCUGAUGCUGAUGCUGAGGCGUCUGACCCAGACUGAUGCCCUGACCUAUUGUAUGUUCCACCCUUUGACCAUCCUCUGCUCUGUGGGCUGGGGCAGUGAGCACAUCAUCUGGGAAGCUGAGGGAGCAGACUGUUUUAACGCAGCAGAAUUAAAGGCUGCCAGGAUGGUCACCCUCCCUGACAUCACGUCAGAGGCCAAGUGUCUGAGUUUGAAGACGGUGUGAAGGCAGGCCUUUGAGUGCAGUAAGGGGGGAAACAUGAACAUCAUAUCAGAGCUGGUCACUGAGCAGCAGGCUCUGCAAGCAGUGGACACCUUCCUGGACGAGGAGCGUGUGCUGGUGGAGCUGGCCUGCGGGGCUGCAUUAGCAGCUGUGUACUGUGGGGUCAUCCAGAGUCUGCAGGGUGAGGGCCGGCUGCCCGUUCCCCUAGCAGGGCCCCUGGUGAUGAUCGUCUGUGGAGGCAGCAGCGUCAAUCAGGCACAGCUGGAACAUCUCAGGAAGGUCCUCAAUAGAUGA